AUGGAAACUGCAACGCAAGCCCCAGUGGCCGAUAAUCCGAUCCAGACACCAGUUUCGGGUCAGUCCUCAGCAGGAACACUUCCCCGCCGCGCAAAACAGAGUCGUGAAUCUAAAAGUCGGACCCAGAGCACACCGGAGCAAUCGUCCUCAACGACAACACCUGAAAAGGCCCCAGUAUCAGAGCCUAUCACGUUGUUGGCCGAUGAUCCAUUUAAUAGCAAGGAAAGCAAGCUUCUUUUCGAUGCUAUCGACGAACUAAGAGAAUGCCGUGUUGGCCAAGAGCUCGAUCUCCCUCAGCUUGUUAUCGUAGGACAGCAAUCAGCCGGCAAGUCGUCCUUGCUUCAAAGCUUGACUGACAUCCCUUUCCCUGUUGGCGGCGGCGGCCUGUGUACUCGAUUUGCGACACGAAUUAUCUCGAGACGAACAGAGCCGGGUACGUCGGACGAUGUACAAAUAUCCAUUAAGCCAGGAGAUAUAGAUCCAUUUGGUUACCAAGGAGAUGAAACCAAUUCGGGUAAUUUCAGCUUUUCCAUUCCGACUAUGACGACUAUAACGACCGAAAUUUUCGAGGAUGUUGUAAAGAAAGCUACCAAACACAUGGGAAUUCUUGCAGGAGAGGGACCGAAUAGGAAGAAUUUCUCUAGUAAUGUCCUAGAGAUUGAGUUGUCGGGACCUAAUCGAUCACACUUUGGCAUACUCGAUGUCCCUGGGGUGUUCGACGCAAUACUGGACGAAAAAACGAUCACCGAAGAAGAAAUGGCUGGAGUCAGGGCAAUGGUUACUUCAUAUAUGCGGAAACCAGAAAACAUUAUCAUCUGUGUUGCACCCGCAAAUGAAGAUCUCUCAAAUCAAACGAUAGCGAACCUAAUCAGAUUGGAAAAAAUCAAUCCCUCACGUGUAAUCGGAGUAUUUACCAAAUGCGACAGAGCAGAUAGUGAGAGUGCCGAGGAGACUGUUCAAGUUGCGAAGGGAAUUAAGGGCUUGAAACUCGACAACGGUUGGUUUGUUGUCCAAAAUCGUAGCAAGGAUGGCCCGACUUCUGGUAUCGACCGGGAGGACACAGAGAGGACAACUCUCAGCAAACAUCCUUGGGUCGAAAUUCCCCAUCAACGCCGAGGUACUGCAAUGCUCAAGAAGUUCCUGGCCAGCAUUCUUUGCCGUCGAAUCCGAGAAGCUUUUCCUGGGUUGCGUAUAAAGAUUAUGGCGUUGCUGGCUGCAGAGAAGCAGACAUUGGCACGACUGGGAAAUCCCCGACCUGAACUUUAUGAUCAAAGAAAAUAUCUCAAUGAGAUAGUUGUGAGGUACCACGAUCUAGCUCAUCAAGCGUUGAAGUCCCCCGAAGAGCUUCCUUCAGAUACUAUGAAGCUACGAGGAAUGGUACGCCAAGCAGCCAAAACCUUCGCUACAGAAAUGAGGAUAAACGGAAACUUGUACGAGUUUCUAGAGAUCGGGGACAGUAGAAAUGCGCUCGAACAACCCUUGAAAUCCUCACAAAACUCCCUUCCAAGUAUUGCGGCCAAUAAGAAACGGAGCAUAUAUCAUGAGAUUCGAGCCCAAAUUGGAAAAAAUCAGGGGGAAGAGCUGGAAGGACUAUCAAACCCCGCAAUAUUAAAGCCUUUGUUCCGAAAACAAACAGAAAAGUGGCAGGAAUUAGCCCAAAAUCACCUCAGAUCAAUAAUAUCAAUGAGCCAGGACGUUGCGUCGAUGAUUCUUGAUCAGGUUUGCGCAGAAUUGGGAGUACCAAGUCACACAGCAAAUGACCUCGGAGAUAUUAUUUCCGGAUUCAAGGAUGACGCAGAACAACGGGCCACCCUGGAGCUACAUACUUUCUGUCACGAGAUAACCACGUUUCCCUUACAGACGAGCAAUCCGUUAUAUCUCGAAAAGGUUACCAAGGCGCAACAUUUGCGAUUUCAGGGCGCACUGGAGCGGUACCGUACCACCAAUCCAGUGGAGAAAUUCAUAACAACGCUUCUUAAUGACAAUAACCCCCAAUAUCUUCCAACAAUUCCGCAACAUUAUAAGUCUUGGGUAAUUGUGGAUGUGAAUAACCUUGAUGAGUUAUUCAAGCAAAUGCAUCCACGCGGUGUACAGAACACUGAGAACGAAAUACAUGAUUUGUUGAAGGCAUAUUACGAGAUAGCACUAGAGGAUUUCUUGUCGCACAUCACAGGCCGUAUCGUCGAGCCUUUUCUACAAGAUAAGCAUGGACCUGUCCUCGGUCUCUCCUCUGAUUAUAUCUCUGGGUUUUCCGAGGAGAGGAUUGAGAUGCUAGGAGGCGAAGAUAGGGCAGUGAUUGAGGAGCGGAAAGCGGCCGAAAAGCAAAUCAAGAAACUCGAAGACGCUAUGAGGAUUGCUGACCAGACAUGGAGGCGGACGAAGGAGCUUGAGAAAUGA